AUGAAAGAUACGGCCAGAAGAGCUUCGGGGAGGCCUGGCCGUUCAUCAGCGGAAGCGUCCCCUGGCACACGAUCGCAAGCGGAUAAAGUUACAACUGGGCCCCCGACACUGUUUAAAAAACGCAGUGGAUCUGCAGGCUAUCAACUGGCCCAAGAGCCUUUUACUCCUCCGAAUAGAGGCCUGUACCAAUCCGAGCGCAGUCGAAAGAAGAGGAGGUAUAUGCAUGCGGAGCAGUCACGGCCAGCCCUGGACCAGAUUGACGUACGCGAUAGCGAUGACGCAGCCUCGGAUAUUUACGAGCCUAGAUAUGAUCGUGCGGCUGAUGUUGCUUACAAGUCUAAUGAUAUUGAAGGGAAUUGCAGUCCUCUGAAGGAAUCCUAUAUUGAACGCAGAGAAUCGGAGUUCCCUUACAACCCAGCUGCGUCUGUGUCACGACGGCUUCGCAUUGAAGAACAGCCCAUCUCAGACGGUAGCACCCCCAGCCGGACUUUGGCGGAAGCUGGGCAUGACAGGAGAACUGUCUCUUCUCGAAAGAGACUGGUUGAUUUGCUAGCUGAAAACAUACACUCAGAAAACUCCCGGCCUCUGCAAGAAACCGACAUCCCUCGCGCAAGCCACUGUGAAAAUCCGGAUGAAGUAACAGAUCAUAGCUCUGAAAAGGCCAUCAAAGCGGACACUCCGAUGCUUUCCAGAAUACGGGGCUCUAGGAUCACUUAUGCACGCCAACGAUCUUUCUUGGGUAAUCCUCUGAGCUUGACAGCUCUUGAACAGCGGGACACUUCGGCAUCCUCGCCACAUCCUGGUGACGCAAGUCUGGCACACAUCACAAACAAUGAUGGUAACCAAAAUUUGGUUAGUGACGACGAUGAAAUCGAAUCUAGACCUGUCCGUAGCAUACAUGAGCUUAGACAGGCUGGAGAUAACGCACGGUUUCGGGAGUCAGUUGAGGUGAUAUUUGAAGACAUCGAGGAUCCAAAUAACUCUCUCUCUGGGAAAUGUAGUAGCUUCGCACAGCUAUGCACAAAACUUCUUGAGCAUGCCUUUGUGCGUCGAUUCUCUGAAUAUGGUUUCAAUGAACGGCUUGUCAAGUGCAUCGCGGAUGAUCAAAACAUUCUCAUUACGUCCAUGGCUUUGUGUGCAUUUAGACUAAUCUGCUCGAAUGGUCUUUUCUCUCACACAAGUCUGAGAUCUUUCUGGGCCACAAUCCUGGGAAUGUCUCACAAGCUUCUUACUAUGACCGAAGACAUCAUAAAUAUGGCAACUGAGGGAACCACCAGCCUGUCCAAGGUCGUGCAAAGAUCUUUCAAAAAGACAUUACCUCAGAUUUCCUCUGUUCUUUUCAAUGCGUCCCCAUCGCCGAGCCUUUCUCCCUGCUUGGUGACACUUUCGUGCAUCCAAUUCUGCAUUUCUAUCUUCCUCGAAAAGGGGGACGACAUUGAACCUUUGCCCGCGACGCUAACGGAACAAAUCGUUGACUUGCUGAUAACACAAUGUGACAAUGCAACCUCCAAAGCAAGUCUCGAGAGCUAUGAGUUAUCAAGGUUGUCAUUCUUGAUUCUGGAAUCUCACUCGAUGUUACCGGGAACAUCAGCGUAUCAUCAUCACAACUUUUCCCGGCUGCUUUUCGAGAACCAUGGUAAAUUUCUGCCAUUUUGUCAGUUUGAUCGGAAGUUUGCUACUCCUGACAUGGUCUCGGAUUUUGUGGAACUUGCCACUACUGGGUUGUCUGGUGCAUCCAUGAAUCGCAAUGUGGAUGAACAUGGAUCUUUGAAUGCCAACAUUUUAGCUUUGGGUGUGCUCAUAAACUUGUCGGAACAAAGCGAGCUCUCACGAGCUGCUUUUCUUAAUCCAGCUUCUGAUUCUACGUCACUACUCCAGUUACUUCUCGAGCACUUUUCCGCGGGGCUUGCAUUUGUUGAUCAGGCGCGCUCUGUGUCCGAAGUGCAUUAUAAUGUUGUGAUUGGAUACCUCUCGAUUGUCUUGGCUACCUUGUGUCUCAACGAGGAGGCAUUGAAUCAAAUCAGGGAAUCAAUUCGUGGCGAAGGUCUUCUACUAGUUUUAUCGACGGCAGAAGAAUUCUUAAAGUUUCACCAGAAGGUUGAGCAAGACUCGCAGCUUUUUGAAAGUUCGGGAGAACGUGGAGGUAGAUCAACAACGCGCUUGAAGGAUGUCCUGAAUCAGAUACGCCAGAAAGCACGUCUAUAA